AUGACCGAGCCGAUCGGUCCUAGCUAUUCUUGCGCUUCACCACAGCUUCUUAUGCAGCUCAUGACCGUCUACAUCGAAUACGAGAGCGAACAAGAGAUCUUCGAAAAGGCCAGCGAGGCGGUACGAGUCUCCAGCGAAAAGCUCAACGCACUCUGUCUCACCAUCGCUAUUCUUCAUGCUGCAUGUAUCCUGCCCGAGGUCGCUUCACUCGAAGAGACGAGCUACGCCGAAUCAUCCACUCAUACUGAUAAAGGGUCAGACCACGCUAUGCACACAUCUCUGAUCAAUUCUCAGGUCUGCUCACUGGACGAAAGCGAGCUAGCGAGGACCGUUCUAUCGUUCUGUCCCCAGCACAGCCUCGGCGGGUCCAACAGAAGCUCAUCAGGCUCAGUCGAGGUCAACCGAUCGACUUUUGGAGAGGGCUUCUACGACACGCUUCUACAAUUCGAGGCCUCGUGCUUACAAGGCACCUUCACGCCCCUCAUCGGCGCUCGAACUGUUCCAUCGACGAUUAUCGUCAGAGGUAAUCGCACGCGUGCUCUGCUGCGCCAAACAUUCUAUGGACCUCAUAUCACGCCGGUCAGAUUAGACGAUAGCCCGCGAAUCUACCGCGGGCAGCUCGACUUCUCUCUGCCACCCUCGCCGCAGCUCAGCCCCACCAAGCCAAAGCAGGACAAAGGGUGUAUCGAAUGCUCCUUGCGGAAUAAACCCCUGGAGAGCUUGAUGGUCCGCCCACUCGGGAAGAAGGGCAGAUAUCAGCUCAUCUGCCAUGGCUGCAUCAAGAAGAUUAUCACACUGUGCUCGGGCAAAGGCGCAACGGACGGCGAUACGCUGGACGAGCAACUCACUAAGGGUUGUCUCAACAAAGCAGACUCUGCGCUUCUGGACAGAGCGCUCGUGCUCCGCGGGACCGACAAGAUUACUUACAAUCACUUUCUCGGGCACAUGCAGCCAGCAAAUCAGUGCUCUACCGUCGAAAUCAGAGGCUACUUGCAAGAGUAUGCGCAUGGAACGUUUGCACCGGAUGCAGAACUCAUGGCAACGUUCAAUGGUUUCCUCGGCCACAACAAAGUAAAGCAUGAUCAGAAUGGUCCGGCAACGGCCAAAUUGCUCUCCUCGCUUUUGAGAGAGCUCAGAGAGCGACACAAAAAUGAGAUCAAGUCGACAUCUGAUCGACGGGCAGCCCAGAUUGCAUGGCAAGCGCGCACGAUUGCAAGCAUGUCUGAUCUCGAUCAGGAGACUCCCACGACGCCCAAGCGACGCAGACAGACGAAAGCCUCUUCCGCAUCACCACCCUUGACAGAUGCAGCUGGCCUCGCUAGCCCGGCACAAGAAGUUGAUGUCAAAGCUAUCCUGAAGGCAGAAGGAGCUGACGCGCCUGCUGCGAGUCGGAAAGCCAAGCCGAUCAAGCUCAAACUCGAUAGACCUCACCCGGCCCCUACGCGAUGGCAAGAGCAAUGGCGGGUACUGACAGAGCAACGCAAGACAAUCAUUGCGCCCGUCGAUACCAUGGGCUGCGAUAAAGCUGGUCGCAACCUCAAGGACAUCAUCACACCCAGGGAUGAUCGCUACCAGACUCUCAUCUCCCUCAUGCUGUCCUCUCAAACGAAAGAUCAAGUCACAGAUGAAGCAGCCAGCAAUUUACGCGAUCGUAUACCUGGCGGCUUCAACAUAGAAUCUAUCUUGGCUGCGAGCGACGAACAGAUCUCGUCUUGUAUCAACAAGGUCGGCUUUUGGCGGCGCAAGACUGACUACAUCAGACGAACAUCUGAGAUGCUACGCGAUCUUCAUGACAGCGAUGUGCCCAAGACGAUCCAGGAGCUAUGCGAUCUACCCGGUGUCGGGCCAAAGAUGGGAUUCCUCUCUUUGCAGUCACAGGGCAUCAACGGAGGUAUAGGCGUCGAUACGCACGUCCAUCGAAUCACACAUCGGUUGAGAUGGCAUCGCAAAGAGCCAAAAGACGCCGAAGAGACACGGCUCAAUCUAGAGAGCUGGCUGCCCUCAGAGCUGCACGGCGUCAUCAAUAAGACCCUAGUUGGGUUUGGACAGGCCGUAUGUCUGCCCGUGGGACCGAGAUGCGAUCUUUGCGAUCUGGGCAAGGCAUCACUUUGCCCGUCUCGGGUCAAAGUCGACACACUCAAACGCUCGCCAUCAAAAUACUUGGCCAAGCAAGAGAUCAAGAUAGACGAUGAUGCGCUCCUUUUGGCAAAGGAGGAGGAUAUCAAGCCGACCCUUGACGAUCUCAAGCCUGAUACCGUCAUCCUUAACGGUCACGCUUUGGCAGGCGAGGUCAAGAUAGAGCCGUCAGAGGGAGCAGUGGCACAGGCUGUGUCAGCAACAUAUGGCAGACAACAAAAGGCGAAGAUGAUACGCCGCACGUAA